AUGGAUAGUACAUUAGGAAGUGAUUCAUUAGAGCCAGAGAAGAGAACUACGAUAGAUUCGGAAAGAUUGAGCCAUCGUAAUCCUGAGAGGUUUGACGCGGAAAAUAGGUUUGAAGGAGAAAAUGGAUUACAAGCGGAUCUUGAAGCGCAGCGUAUUGAAGAAGAAGCAGUGGCUGUCAAUCCAGCCCGUGAGCCAUUAUACAAGUUCACAAUUUUUUUUACUGAAGAUGAAAAGAGAGCCUCUAUCUAUGGUGCAGAAUUCUUUGGCACUUACGUCUUCUUGUUAUCUGCUUAUCUAGUAGCUAGUGUUGCAAAUCAGCAAGGCGUAGAAGAUGGAUUUUAUGCUCCCCGGGUUUAUAAUAUUGCGUUUGGUUUCGGUAUUUCACUCUUAGUGGUUGCAGCCUGUACAUCAAACUUUUCAGGCGGUCACCUUAAUCCUGCAGUUGUUUGGGGUUUAUUCUUGAAUGGAAAUAUUAGUAUGUUGAGGUUCUUACUUGAAAGCGCAGUUCAAGUAAUUGCUGGUAUGGCAGCAGCUGGAACUGCUUCAGCAUUAUAUCCUGGUCCUGUCACUUUCGCAAAUGCAAAAGAUGCCUCAGUUAGUGUUAGUAGAGCGUUGUUCUUGGAAGCUUUCGGUGUUGCAUUACUUGAGUUCACCGUUCUCUUUACUGCUAUUGAAACAAGUCCUUUUGGAGGGUUGGCAUAUCUUCCAAUUGGCUUGUCGUUAUUCUUGGGCCAUAUGAUUUGUGUACCAACUACCGGGGCUGGUUUGAAUCCUGCUAGAUCUUUUGGCCCAGCAAUUGCAGCAAGAUCUUUUCCGGGAUACCACUGGAUCUAUUGGCUUGGCCCGUUAAUUGGAUCAGCUGUUGCAGUGUUAGCAUACAAGAUUAUUAAGUUUGGUCACCGUGGAACUAUACUUCAAGAAGCUAGGUUAAAGAGCAGAAAUUGA